AUGAAUUUACAUUUGAUAUUAUUUGUAUAUUUUGUGGGAGUGUUGCACCAUUCCUAUAUUAUUUUCUUAGAUCAUUCGACGUUGGAAAGGGGCAUAAUUUCUGACUGUAUUUUUAAUGAAGAAGAUGUUUUGCUUCACGUCUACACAAGGGAUAAUGAAGACUGCAUUAUUCUUACGAAAUGGAAUUUAACGAGUUACGAACUAUUUAAUAAACCUGAAAUAUCACAUCAAGUUGUAUUUCUUAUACAUGGUUUUAUUUCAAGCAUGAGUGAUAAGAACUUUGUGAAAAUGGCAAAAGCUUUGAUAGAAAAAGAUGACUUUGUUGUAAUCGGGAUCGAUUGGAAGAAGGGCGCUUGCAACGGUUUAUCUAGUUUUCUUAAUUUAGUUGGUUAUCCUCAAGCCGCCAAAAAUACACGUCUCGUUGGUAAAUAUAUAUCUGAUGUUACUGAGAUACUCGUAGAAAAGAAUAAAGUGCCAAUGUCAAAUAUACGAUUGAUUGGGCACAGUUUGGGUGCACAAAUUGCAGGUUUUGCAGGAAAACAAGUUCAAAAGUUAAAUUUAGGAAAGUAUAGAGAAAUAGUUGGACUUGAUCCUGCUGGACCUUCUUUUAGGACGAAUGAAAUUCCGGAUAGACUUUGCGAUACAGACGCAGAAUAUGUUCAAGUAUUGCAUACAUCGAGCAUGUACGGAACGUACACAGAACUUGGUAGCGUUGAUUUCUAUGUGAAUUUUGGAAAAAGUCAACCUAAUUGUAUGAGAGAACAAGUCUGUUCUCAUUUGGAAGCCGUGUUAUAUUUUACCCAAUGUAUCAAACACGAUUGUUGUUUAAUUGGGACACCAUGGACUAGUUAUAGGAGCAAACCGCAACCACUUUCUCAAUGCACAAAUGAAACUUGCGUUUGCGUGGGUUUGAAUGCAAAUAAUUAUCCUGCUAGAGGCUCAUUUUAUGUGCAAACUGCAUUUUUCUCUCCAUUUUGUUAUAAAAUAGGUCUUAAAAUUGAAUUAUAA